UCAAUUUCAGCGGCCAAUCUACCCGACACUGGGCUAUGAGAAGUCGUCGCCCGUGGCCUCAGCUUUUCUUGGCGGUCUAUCAUGACUGAAAUAUAAUACAUCUGCAGUUGUCAUUUCGGGAAUGGUGGAACCUCAACUCUGCAAACCGCUGACCGGCAGUCAUUCUUUUCUGAUUCUUUUCUAGCCCUUUUGCCAGGGCCGAGAUCGCUCGCAGGAUGAAGCUCUCGUCAGUUAUCGCAGCCCUGUCUCUGCUGCUCGAUGCCACGAGCGCUGGUCACCUCCGCUUUGGAUGUUCUCAGCUUGCCCAUGGCGUCUUUGACCCCCUCGUCUUCCCGGGCCAGACCACGGCUGGACAUCUGCACCAGUUCAACGGAGGCAACGGCCUGAACUACACCCUCGACAAGGCGGACGUCGCCCCCGAGUCCACCUGCACGACAUGCACGUUCGCCGAGAACUUCUCCAACUACUGGACCGCGACGCUCUUCUUCAAGGCCCGCAACGGCACCUUCCACCAGGUCCAGCAGGUCCCCAACGUCGGGUUCGAACAGGGCACGGGCGGCGUGACGGUCUACUACGCCUACCCGGACGACGGGCGCAAGGUCACCAGCUUCCCGCCCGGGUUCCGCAUGCUCGUCGGCAACCCGGCCGCCCGCUCCUCAAAGGAGAGGGCAAAGUCGGGCACGCUGACCUACUCGUGCCUGACGUCGCUCAGCAGCAGGCCGGUCGGCAAGAGCUCGAUGCCGGCGGAGCCGUGCGCCGCGGGCAUCAUGGCCAACAUCCGGUUCCCGCAGUGCUGGAACGGCAAGGACCUCGACUCGGACGACCACAGGAGCCACGUGGCGUCCGCCAGCGCAAAGGUCGAGAGCGGCGGCGAGUGCCCCGCGGGCUUCCCCGUGCUGCUCCCGGAGAUCUACAUGGAGGUCAUCUGGGACACGACGCCGUUCAACGACCCGGCCAUCUGGCCCGAGGACGGGUCGCAGCCCUUCGUCUGGAGCCAGGGCGACCCCACCGGGCUCGGGGCCCACGCCGACUACAUCUUUGGCUGGGAGGGCGACAAGCUGCAGCAGGCCCUGGACAGCAAGUGUGAGAACAUGAAGUGUGAUGCGCUCAAGACCCAGAGCAUCGCCGAUGGCAGGUCGUGCGCGAACACGCUCUCCCCCGCGCCGGCGCUGCAGCUCGACGGGUGGCUGGAGACGCUGCCGAACAAUAUCGUGGUCAAUUAA